GGCAGCGGGCCGCGCCAGGCUGGCAGCCCUUUCCUCAGGGCCCCGCCUGGUGCCAGCCCCCCCACCAGUGGGGGGACUACGCCUGGAAGCUGUCAUGGAGGCCCUGCAGAGACAGCAGGCAGCCCGACUGGCCCAGGGGGUGGGGCCAUUGGCCCCUCCAGGCCCACCACCACCACCACCACGACGUUCCUUUCCUGGAUCCCGGGCCGUGCAGGCCCCUGAGGGAGGGGUGGGGGAGGUUGGAGCUGAGGAAGAGGAGGAUGCCCAAGAGGAUGACGAAGGAGAGGAAGCUGGGGCAGAAGACCAGGCAGCGGAGGAGAGCCGUCCAGGGACCCAGAGCACCAGCUCACCCUCCAGCCAGCCCCCUGGACCUCAUCCCCAUGAGUGGACCUACGAGGAGCAGUUCAAGCAGCUGUACGAGCUCGAUGCAGACCCCAAGAGGAAAGAAUUUCUGGAUGACCUGUUUAGCUUCAUGCAGAAAAGGGGGACGCCAGUGAACCGUGUGCCCAUCAUGGCGAAGCAGGUGCUGGACCUGUACGCGCUGUUUCGCCUGGUGACGGCCAAGGGCGGGCUGGUGGAAGUGAUCAACCGCAAGGUGUGGCGAGAGGUCACGCGCGGCCUCAGCUUGCCCACCACCAUCACGUCGGCCGCCUUCACUCUACGCACCCAGUAUAUGAAGUAUCUGUACCCUUACGAGUGCGAGACGCGGGCGCUCAGCUCCCCGGGGGAGCUCCAAGCCGCCAUCGACAGCAACCGGCGCGAGGGCCGUCGUCAGGCUUACACCACCGGCUCGCUCUUCGGCGUGGCUGCGCAGCCCGCUCGCGGCACCCCUGGCCCCGCCUCGGGUGGCGGCCCCGCCCCACCCGCGCCCACGCCCACGCCCGCGCCCACGCCCACGCCUGGCCCCAGGUCUGCUCAGGGCUCCGCCUCCGGCCUGCCGGCACACGCCUGCGCGCAGCUGAGCCCGAGCCCCAUUAAAAAAGAGGAGAGUGGAAUUCCAACCCCUCGGCUGUCACUGCCUGUGGGCCUGGCCUUUGGACCUCCACGUGAGAAGAUGGCACCAGAGGAGCCCCCAGAGAAGAGGGCCGUGCUGAUGGGGCCCCUGGACCCACCUCGACACGGCGCACCCCCUGGUUUCCUGCCCCGUGGCAAGGUUCCCCUGAGGGGCGUCCUCUUUGCUCGUCGCCAGCCCAUGCCAGCUUCCCAGGGGCUAACCAACCCUGCACCCCCACCCCGAACAGGGCCCCCUUCCAGCACCUCACUCUGAGAGCUCCCACUCAAAAUUGAGUCCCAGUCCUUUGCUGAUGGGGGAGGAGACACCCCCCAACCCAUUCAUCCAGGGUGCCCGUUCUAGGACCCAGCCCUGGAGGUGACCAGUCACCCAGUAUGCCAUGUGUGGACUUGAAGCCAAAGAGAUUUCUUUUGAUGUUACAUCUACCUCAUUGCAAAAGAAGGGCACCUCCUCCCUCACCACCUCCAGUAGCAUCUACCAAAGAGUUCAGCCCCCAGUAACCCCCAUCAUCUCCUCAUGUGCUCCCCUGUGUCAGUGUCAUCUCUAGGACCCCACCUCUUCGAGUCAGAACUGCUUCUCUUCAGGAGCCAGGUGAAGGGUUGGGUUGGGGUGUCGUGAAGGAGAUGUCCAUCAGGUCACAUCUGGAUAAUAAAGCUGUGGUUCC